AUGGCAAAGGUAACGCUUUUCGAAGAUCCACACGCCUCGGCUUUGGCAACGUUUUUGAUGCAAGUUUUUAUAACAUUGGUUGUAUGUAAAGUUCUUGCUAAAAUACUUUCAUAUAUUCGACAACCGCAAGUAAUUGGUCAAAUUAUUGCUGGUAUUAUUUUUGGUCCUUCGAUUCUUGGUCAGCUUAGCGGAUGGACGGAAGCAAUCUGGCCAGCAGCAAGUCUUCCAAUAUUUCAACUUGUUGCUAAUUUAGGUUUGAUAUUUUUUAUGUUUUACUUGGGACUUGAACUUGAUUUACAACAAAUUAAAAAAAGUUGGAAAACAACAAUACCAAUUGUCUCCGCGAGUAUUAUAUUCCCUGUGGGAAUUGGUUGUGCAGUAGCAUUAUGGUUCUGGGAUAUGAAUACUGGUAUUCAUACAAGUAAAAUAGCCUUUAUUUUAUUUGUUGCUUCUGGUUUUGGUUUUUCUGCUUUUCCUGUUCUUGCUACAUUACUUAAUGCAAUGGGUUUAUUGAAUAAACCAAUUGGUGUUCAAACAAUUUCACUAGCUGCUGUAGAAGAUAUUGCUGUUUGGGUAGUCUUAGCUAUUGCUAGUGCAUUUUCAUCUGGAGGUUCAGCACUUCAAGGUCUUUAUACAUUGUUACUUACAUUAGGAUUUCUUCUUAUUAUGUUUCUUAUUGUUCGACCGAUUCUUAAGUGGAUCCAUAAAUAUUAUCUAAAACGUGGUGAUGAUACAAAUGUUUAUUUAGUAGUUAUAUGUUUUUUAUUACUUGUUGUUUGUGCAUUUACUACUGAAGUGAUGACUGUUCAUGCAUUUUUUGGCGCUUUCAUCAGCGGUUUGUGUAUUCCACGCGACGGAGAAUUAGCAGAGUUUUUAGGUCUACGUAUUCAACUUAUUGUUGUUGAAUUUUUUUUACCUCUUUACUUUGCUAAUAGCGGUCUUAAUACACAUCUGAAUUUGCUUACUACAGGAAAAGUAUGGUGGACACUUGUUGUUCUUCUACUUCUUGCUUCAGCUGCUAAAAUAAUCCCUGUUACAUUAAUGUCGAAACUUUGUUUAAGAAAACCAUGGAAUUAUUGUUUAUCAAUAGGUGUACUUAUGAAUACACGAGGUAUUGUACAAUUAGUUGUUUUAAAUAUCGGUGUUCAACUUGGAGUUUUAUCACCAAUUAUUUUUGCAUUAUUCGUAUUAAUGGCGACGAUUUUAACAUUUAUAACAUCACCAGUAUUGUAUUUACUUUAUCGAAAAGAUUUCGAUAUAAAAAAAUUAUCGAAUCCAAAUUUAGUAGUUGAAGAUCGGAAUCUUAUUAGACAAGAAAAUAUAAGUAUGGAUGAAUUAAGUGAUCCAAUUCAAAUAAUUUCCGAUGGUGAUAUCGGAGAUGGUGACUCAAGACGCGGUUCAUCGAAAUUAAGUAGAGAAUCAUCAACGAAUAUACAUCACUUUCAUGGACUUGGGACAAUAGAAGAAGGAAUAAACUAUUCUCAAAUGGAUCCAGAUCCAAAUAUGCAACAUACAUCAGUUCUUAAUCAUAUUGUACAUAUGCCUAUAAAUCCUAGACGAUCGGCUCAUAUGAUACAUUUUUAG